AUUCGACAGCCCACUUUGGUUGACGAUAGAUCGCUGUUUGCUAUCAUGGCUGCUCCUAUUCCUCACGGUCGUGCAGUAAAACCAGGAAGACUUUUAGCAGUUGUUGGUGAUGAGGACACAUGUACAGGAUUUUUACUGGGCGGUGUUGGCGAAGUAAAUGCCAAACGUCAGAAGAACUUCUUUGUUGUUCGAAAAGAUAGUACACUGGGUGAAAUAGAAGAAGCUUUCAAGCAUUUCUUGGGGAGAAAUGAUAUUGCCAUCAUUAUGAUCAACCAACAUAUUGCCGACGAGAUUCGUCACCUAAUAGAUAAACACCGAGAAUCGAUACCUGCUGUUUUAGAGAUCCCGUCUAAAAAUCAGCCGUACGAUCCUUCGAAAGACUCUAUCUUGAAAAGGGCCAAGGGCAUGUUCAGCGCUGAAGAUUUCCGUUAAAGUACAUAUAUAUAUUUUCAAUAAAGUCCCCAUUCCGUAAUAAUAUAACCGUAAUGCAUAUCUGACAGUAAUGCUUUUAUUGUAACAUAAACGCUUUUAUUACACAUUUAUUGUAUUGCUAUUACUGUGUUGAAAGAUCAGUUUCAUAACAUUUAAUAAAUUGAUAACCUAUGUUGCAA